AUGCAUCUCGCAAUAAUCUGCUCCUGCUAUGUCAUACCAGGACGGCUUGUGGAAGCGAAUGGUACGCAGGCUACAUUGUCCGAAAAGGACUUUAGCGGUUUGCUUGUCAAAACCUACGGUUAUAGAAGGAAGGUCUUGAGUAACUGUAAUCUCUGUGGAUUUGCUCGAAACAUCGACAAACACAACAACAUUAACAUACCCAUUAAAGAUGUCGAGUUAGUCACGGAUGAAGGGACUAUGAGUGGUCUGCCGCAGAAAAAGCGACGACUUUGCAAGCAACAAAAAUAUCGGCAAAUUCCAGAUAUGACCAAGGAUACUAUUGACACAUCACAGUGGAAGAUUGACAAGACUUACCUCUACGAAAGUUACUAUAUCUUAAUGAUUGGUACAGACGAAUUAAAGGCAAUGUUCCAUAGUGAUCUUAUCGAAUUAUCUCGGAACAGCACUGCCAAAAUACUUUCGAUUGGUCUUGGAGGUGGAACAAUUGAUAGCUUUUUGCAUGAAGUCUUUCCGCAGAUGGACAUCACUGUAGUCGAAAUUAGCCGCCGAAUAUUAGACAUGGCCAAAAAAUGGUUUGGUUUGGUGGAAGAUGAUCACCACCGUGUCGAGAUUGUCGAUGGAAUUACAUUUUUGGCGGAGAAAGCUAAAAUAGGUUAGCU